AUGGCAGACACCGGGGAGGGGAAAAAGGAGGAGGCUGAUUAUAAAAGACUUCACAGCUUUCCACUGAUCAGACACACGGACAUGCCAGAGGAGAUGCGUGUAGAGGCCAUGGAGCUGUGUGUCACGGCAUGUGAGAAAUAUGCCACCAACAAUGAGAGCGCUGCCAAGAUGAUCAAAGAGAUGAUGGACAAGAAGUUUGGGUCCUCCUGGCAUGUGGUGAUUGGGGAAGGUUUUGGCUUUGAGAUCACUCAUGAGGUGAAGAAUCUGUUGUACAUGUUCUUCGGUGGCAGCCUGGCUGUGUGCGUCUGGAAGUGCUCCUGACAUCUGGCCAGGUCCCAGACUCACUGCAUAAAAGAGAUUCUUCCUUCUCUUGACAGGUUUUGUACAAUCUGGAGAUGGGGCUUUAUAUUUUAAUAGUUAAACAUCGAGAGUUUUUUUUCCAUACUGACCUGCCAGUUCCGUGGGAUACACAUAGUUGGCACACGUCUGCGUAUAAACUUUCUAAGCUGUCCUGUCCUCGCUUGGGUCCCGUCUGUGGCUCUUGCCUUGGUGCCU